UUCUAUUUAUUUAUUUAUUUAUUCGCUUAUUCAAAAUCCUGUUACGUACCUUCAUUGUUUAGUUAGUAAGUUUUAAUUGACUGAUAAUUUAGUAGGCUCUUUACACCUCACUUUUUAAUUAAUUUAUAUUGUUGACUGGGCUUUCUACACCCUAUUUUACUAUUUACUUUAGUAUAUAAGGCGUAGAUUUAGGUAUUUGACUGACUGGGCAUUUUACACCCUCUUUUUUAUUUAUUGAUAAUUGCAGGGCUUUUUACACCCUUUAGUGUUAGGUAUUUAUUUAUUUAUUUAUUAUUUUAUUUAUUAAUUUAGACUAGGUAAUUAGACCAGCUCAGUAAGUCCCUGACAAAAAACUACAGACAAAAUGACGAUUCAAAUAAUAAUUAAAUUCCCAUUUCCACAGGAAUUCAGGUGCCCAGAAUGUUUUGAGAAUAAUCGAGGUAGAAGGACGGGCGGAGUGUUCAAAUCGCACUCGGACCUAUUAAAACAUGCGAAGAAACAUCACCCGGGGCACACAGUCGAACACCAGUGCGGCGUGUGUGGCUUCACCGGCGAUGGGAGGUAUCCUCUGAAGGCGGUGAAGGCACAUCACGCCGCCGCGCAUGAAAAUAAUAAUAAUCCUCCAUGCGCCCCGGGAACAGGUCUGGGUGCGAGGAGAACGGGGGCAAGUGUGGCUGGUGCUAAUACUUCGGGCCGAGGGAGGCUCGAUAAUUUUAUUAAUUCCAGAAACACAAAUAACGAAGCCGCGACGCAGGGACGGGGUCGAGGAACAGUCGAGGCCCAGAGAGAGCAGCCGACCAUCAGCGCAUCAGGGGCGGCGGUUACCAGGAGGAGGGCUGCUGCUACAUUACCACCACCACCGACAGCAGCAGCCAGGCGCGGAGCGACCAACACCUCAAGCUCCGCGCCAACAACCAGGACCCCGACGACGACGCCGGCGACAACUCCGUCGCAAACAACACCCCCAGCGACGGAGGAACUUCUGCCACGGCCCAGGAGGGCCGCCCCUACACAGGCAGCAGCAACGACAUCAGCAGCACCCGCUACGGUGGCACCCACCAUCACCACCUCAGCAGCCGGGCCGACGAGCACCGCGGAGAGGAACCCCGAUCCACCGGCGAGGGGCCCAAAUAACAUCUACGAGGGCCCCAUGACGAGGAGCAGACGCGCCAGCAGCGUGCCGGUGGAUGCCCGGCCGACCACCCGCCGGGCAGCGAGCAGCAGAGGGACAGCGGUGCCAAAGCCUGGCUCCACAUCAGCGAGGGAGACCCCGGCACCGAAGACGACACCACCCACCAACACCACCAGGGGACUAGUGCCGGGGUCAGAAGAGACGGCGGCCCCACCAUCUUAUGCCGCCGUCACGAUGGGUGCCACGAGGCCGUCGCAGGCCGACGGGGAUGCCGCAGCAGCACGCAGAGGGCUGUGGUCGGCAUUAAGAGCUACGUCGCUCCCGCCGGGGAUGGCGGGAGGCCCCCACAGCCCUCCUACGAGGGAAAGCCGGGGCCCAGCCAUCCUGUUAACCAUCAGCGAAGAGCUGAGGGCCCCGGCGAGCGGACUGCUCGGAUCCCCAACUUUGCCUGUGACCCUCACAACGACGACCGUCACGACAACGACAUCACGGGGACCCAUUACCACCUCCAGGGUCCAGGGGGGAGGCAACGAGAGGAGCGCCGCGUCACCACCACCAUCACCACCAGCGGCGCGAGUCCUCCCCCCUCCGGCGGUCGUCGGCGUAGCGGGGCCAUCCAGGGCGGCCCCUCCUCAACAGCAACAACAGCACAACAACAGCAGCAACACCAACAGCAGCACGCCGUGGCAGGAAGUCAACGGGCGGGUCCGCAGACGACAUCCCAGCGGGCCCGCGUCGCCGGCCGAGGACUCGGAAGACGAGGGGACGCCGCCGCCACCUCCUCAAGCACCAGCGAGGCCUCGACUGUCUCCCGACACCGCCCGGGCGCUCCGGAGAAGCAAUAACACGAGCAGAGAGUCUCCCACGACGUCGCGGCGAAGCUCAGGGCGGUUUGCAGGGAGCCGAUUUUUAUUUAAUGACAACUGCCUGAGUAACGAUAGUAUAAACAAUAAUAAUAGUAGUUUAAUUGAAAAUAAUAAUAGAUUUAGUAUUUUAACUCUUGACGGCACGCUUAACUUAGACAAUGCAAUUUCAGAUCCGCCUGAAGCGUGUUCUACGGGAGAACGAGGUCGUCGAUCAUCAUCCGGGGGAAACAGGAGUAAUUCAAGGGGAGGGUUUUUCAACUUGCGAGGGAAGGGAAUUAGGGGAGGUCGAGGGCGUCGACGGGGCGCACCCGGACAAGCUGUGGGGGGUGGGAGUCUUGCCUCCACGGAGCGGGCGACCCAACCUGUGAGUAGUCACGGAUCGUCUGCUGUCUCUCGCCGUUCACCGACCCCAAGGCAACAACCGCUGACGCCUGCCGAUCAGUCCCGCCGCCGGCAGCCUGCCACCCGGCAAACUACGGAAGUGCUGCCGGACGAGCGGGAGUUACUGAUUGGUAUGGCGGAGGCGGUUGUUUGUAUCGAAGAGCUGGAGGAGGCUGCAGCGCAAGCUGCAGCUUUCCUCCAAGGCCUUGGGGCGGAACGGGUGCGCGGUGAGGGGGGUAGAUCGGGAGGUGGGAGUGGCGGUGGAGAGCGUAGGGGUCGUGGAGCUGGACCCGGGCGUGGUUCGAGGGAUCGCCCCGAUCGCCAGCAACAACAAAACAGGGAACAACAACUACCGCAACAAGAGGGACCGGGAAGGGCUCUUCCGGAUAUACGGGAUCGCGUGGCGGAGGCCGCAAGACUGCAAAAACUCUAUAGGGGGAACCGCCGGCGUGCAGUCCAGGAGGUGCUUCAGGGUCCGUCCCAGCACUGUCAAGUGUCGAAGGGGCGGAUCAUGGAGCACUUCGUGGCAAUGUACAGUCCGGCGGGGAACCUGGGAGUGCGACCUCCGCCUCCCCGUUACGGGGCUCCAGACGAGGGUAGCACCGGCAGUCUGCUUCAGCCGUUCUCAGUGAUGGAGGUCGACCUCCGGCUCAGGCGCAUGUCCAACACUGCGCCGGGGCCGGACGGUUUGACCUACCGUGAUCUGAGAGGGGCUGACCCAGACUGUCGGUUGCUCACCUCUCUAUUCAACGCCUGUAGACGUCUGGAGGCGAUCCCGGAUAUCUGGAAGUCGUCCAACACGGUCCUGAUACAUAAGAAAGGCGAUCGGGACGAUCUCUCGAACUGGCGUCCGCUGGCCCUAGGUGACACGACUCCGAAACUCUUUGCCGCUGUUCUUGCUGACCGUCUGCUCAAGUGGACGAUCCGCAAUAAGCGUCUUAGUACGGCUCAGAAGGGCUUCCUGCCAUGUGAGGGGUGUUUUGAACACAACUUCGUGCUGCAGGAAGUCCUGAACGACGCUCGCAGGAGGGGCCGUCAGGUGGUGGUGGCGUGGUUGGACCUGACCAACGCGUUUGGUUCGGUCCCCCACGCAUCCAUCCACCGUGCUCUGGAGGAGGCCGGGCUCCCACUCGCCAUACGCAACAUAGUGGAGAGCAUGUACGAUGGCUGCUCCACCCGGGUGCGCACCGCCGAUGGCCUCACCGACCCUAUAAUUAUGAAUGCGGGGGUUAAGCAAGGGUGUCCGAUGAGCCCUGUAGUGUUUAACCUUGCGGAGGAACCGGUCCUUCGGGCGGCCGCUUCCAGUGAUGCAGGUUAUACACUGCAGGGCCAUCGGCACAACAUAUUAGCUUACGCCGACGACCUCGUUCUCAUUGCCGACGCUGCUGAGGGAAUGGAAGAACUUUUGAGACGAGUGGAAUCAGCAGCGAACGGCAUCGGGCUCCACUUCAACCCUGCAAAAUGCGCCAGUUUACACCAAGAUUGCAGGGGAACGCGCAGGGUGGUUCCGACACGAUUCAAGAUACAAGACACGGAGAUAAGAGCCCUGGCAGCCGGUGAGUCUUAUCAGCACCUCGGAGUCCCCACCGGCUUCCAAGUAAAACAAACACCGAUAUUGACGAUCGGCGAGCUUGUCCGAGACCUCCGGGCCGUCGACGAGUCCCUUCUCACCCCUUGGCAGAAAGCCGAAACAGUCGCAACGUUUCUGUUGCCGCGACUGGGCUUUCUGCUGAGGGGAGCACACGUUGAGAAGGGACCGCUCAAGGAGGCGGAUAGGCUGAUUAAGAAAUUAGCAAAAAAGUGGUUGCACCUACCCCAGAGGGCGAGCGCGGAGAUUGUCUUCCUCCCUCCCAGCCGGGGGGGAUGUGGGCUUCUCCCGCUCGCCGAUCUGGGGGAUAUACUAACAAUAGGGCACGCCUUCCGCCUCCUGACCGUAGAGGACGAGGUGGUGCGGGGUCUAGCCUGGUCUUCCCUGGAGGCGGCGGUCGCCAGGAAGAUCGGGCGAAACCCUUCCGCCGCGGAUCUGGCGACCUAUCUCUCCGGUUCGCUGGAGGGAGAGUUCGCCAGAGACGGGGGGGACAUCGCCUCGCUCUGGUCAAGAGCGAGAAACGCGGCGCGGCGGUCCGAGGACAAGCUCGCCGUGAAAUGGAAAUUUUUAGAAACUCGACAAGAGCUGGUGGUGACGAUGAGGGGCUCACGCGAAAGGGAGACAACGGUAUCUCCGGACUCUAGAGAUCAGGUCAUCCGCCGAUUGCGGCUGGCAGCGGUCGAAUAUUAUCAAUUAAAACUAAAAAGAAAGCCGGACCAGGGGAAGGUAUUCCGGGUGUCGUCGCUGACGAAUGUGUCAAACCACUUUCUUCGCGGCGGCAACUUUACCCGCUUCGCUGAUUGGCGCUUCAUCCACCGCGCCCGCCUGGACGUUCUCCCCCUUAACGGGGCGAGACGCUGGGGGGACGGUGAUAAGCGUUGCCGGCGCUGCGGGGGGGGCCUGGAAUCCCUUCCUCAUGUCCUUUGCCACUGCCAGCCGCACUCGGCGGCUUGGCAACUGAGACAUGAUGCCGUUGUCGAACGAGUAGCUAAGGCUUGCCGUCUCCCAGGGACUAUGAGGAUUAACAAGAGAGUCGAGGGGGUCGACGGCGAUCUGGGGGCUCUCCGCCCUGACAUUGUGGUCAGGCACGAGCCCUCAAAGAGUAUCGUCAUCGUAGACGUCACCGUGCCAUUCGAGAACACCUAUUCGGCAUUUGAAGAGGCGAGGGGCAGGAAAAUCGAAAAAUAUAAGCCCCUCGCCGACGCCCUGCACGGUGACGGCUACAAGGUGGCGGUCUCUGCGAUCGUCGUCGGCGCUCUCGGCUCGUGGGACCCUAAAAACGAGCAGGUAAUCAAUAUGUUAAGAAUCGGGAAAAAAUAUGCGGGAUUGAUGAGAAGGCUAAUCGUGUCGGAAACCAUCAAGUGGAGCCGCGAUAUAUACGUAGAACACGUUUCAGGUGUGCGGCAAUACAAAACUAGAGACGAAGCCCCUGCAAACGCACCUGAGCAGCCUCCCUCGGCAUUAUUUUAACGUGUUCUGUGUAUAUUUGUUUAUUUAUUCAUCUUUUUAUCUAUAUUUUUAUCUAUAUUUUUAUCUAUAUAUUUACUUAUUUAUUUUGAAACUUAUUUUAAA